AGUACGAUAGUUUGUGCAGCAGUGGGAUGUGAGGAAGUAGAGUGGGUGUGGGCAAGAAAGACCAGGGCAUCCCGGGCACUCCUCACACACCAGCCACAGCCACGGCAGGCACAACAACCUCUGCUUCAUCUUAAAAUACUUUGCGACUGAGAGUGUGGAUAAUGUCAGGUGUGGUGUGGGUGGUGCUGCUGGUGGUGCUGCUGGUGGUGCUGCUGGUGGCUGCCCCGGCACAGUCUGUAACGUACGCUCCAGGGCGCCUGUGUGUGGCCGAGGGUGUUGACUGCUCGCGACUGAGACGGGAAGUACCUGAGCUUGACUGCACUCCAGUUAGAGACAGAGUGGACUGCCUCAAGAAGAUGAGGAACAACGAAGCUGAAUUUGGUUACUUCGAGGCUGAGGAUCUUAAUAUCGCAGCUAACUCCUUCGGUGACAAGUUUUUAGCAUCUCUCCAGUUCGUGGCAGACAAAGAGGUGAAGAGUGUAUACUUACUGGUUCAUGAUCCUCACAACACUAACAUCAAGAGUGUGUGUCACCCGGGGAUCAACAGGCAGCGUUACUACCCCCGCGCUCUCUACCGCCCUGUAACUAGCAACUCCGACGAAUUCCUGACAGAUAUUAAGAGCCAGAUCGAUGCUCUGAGCAAAUCUUGGAGUAAAGCUUGCAUACCUGGAGCCUGGUCACCUGACCCUGUCACUGACAGGCAACUCAGUGAGUAUACGUAUUUCACUCUAUAUUCUUUGUCUUAGUAGACUCUUGGCGGA